AUGACGAUACAUCCAGAGCCUUCACGCCCGGGCUCGAAUGAGUCUGGCACUGCCACUAAACAGCUCUUGUCAUCGCAACAGGGGAAACGCAAGCGUGAUAUUCAAGAUGAUCCUGUGGUUGGGAGUCCAACUUCUAGCCAGUCGAGCAAUUCGAAAACCAGAAAGGGUGGAAAGCAAGGCAAAGGGCGACCGAGUCUCAACAAGGAAGCUAGCAGCGUCGUGAUACCCUGCGUUGUAGAAUGGCCCGAGGAGUUCAAGCAAAUUGAACGAACGCAUCGAGCUCUGAACCUUGUUUAUACCUUCUGCACCACCCGAAAACAUCUUGCUACAACCUUCGAUACGAUAAAAUCUUCCGUUGAAGGCCAUAUCAAGAGGGAGUUACGAAUAGAUGAGAUUGCUUCCAUGGUAGCACUCCGUCCCGAAGGUCUUUACUUUGCAUAUGUUGACGAGACUAUGCUGCAACUGGACGUCAAGGGCACCGAAAAAGACGAACUAUUCCGAACUGGAAAGUCAUAUCGGUCUCAAGCUCCAGCACAUGAUGCUUCAGUAGGUGGGUAUACUGGCCUGGAGAGUCUUGACAAGAGUCACAAUCGAGAUCUUGAACCUAUGGGACAGGAGGUGCUCUUUCUAGAGUUCAUCGAUGGAGACCUCAGGAGACAGGUUCAAGGGAAGGGGGGCGAGCCUGUGAAACCGAACCGAAAGCUUCGAGACGAACAGUUGAAGAUGCCUGUGUUUAGUCAAAAGCAGAUGACAAACCUGAUUGAGAGACGCAAUCAGAAGUUCACCAACGCUGUCAACAUCUUCCUCAACAAAUGUAUAGAAGAUGGGCUCGACCCCCUUGAAACCCUCAAAGAGCAGACGAAAUCAUGCAUCCCAGUUCCAUCUGCCAAGGAAGAGUUUGCCCCAGAGAAGGCGGCUGAAACCAUUCCGGAAAGUAUCCCAAAAGAACGAAAGACGAUACCAGAGAUUGUGCAAGAGCUCAAAGAGAGCCCUUGGUACACCAGUCAAAUUGUCCCAGACGGACACCGAGUGUUUGAACAACAAGAUCCCGUGUAUGGGGACCUCAAUUUUCUGCUGAGCCAAAAUCUGGUCAAUGCUCUGUACAAUGCUAAAGGGAUCACUCAGUUCUUCGCGCAUCAGUCAGAAGCUCUCAAUAGUCUGCAAGAUGGCAAACAUGUCGUUGUGUCAACAUCAACGAGCUCUGGUAAGAGUCUGAUCUACCAGCUUCCUGUCAUUCGUGCUCUUGAAGAAGACUUUAAUUCGAGAGCCAUAUACAUAUUCCCUACGAAGGCGCUGGCGCAGGAUCAGAAAAGGAGUUUGAAAGACAUGGUGCGUUAUAUGCCUGGUCUUGAGGAAACGAUGAUUGAAACUUUUGACGGCGACACCCCAAUGACUGAGCGUAAUGAUAUUCGCGAGCAAGCAAGGGUCAUCUUUACUAAUCCAGAUAUGCUUCACAUCACCAUACUACCCCAAGAAGAGCGAUGGAGGUCAUUUUUGAAGAACCUGAAAUAUGUUGUUGUUGAUGAAUUGCACUACUACAAUGGACAAAUGGGUUCUCAUAUGUCUUUUAUCAUGCGGAGACUGAGAAGAAUAUGCACCGCUGUUGGAAAUCGGCGUGUCAAGUUUAUCUCAUGCUCUGCUACAGUUGCCAACCCCGAACAACACUUCAGAACCAUAUUUGGCAUCGAGAACGUUCAACUGAUAGAUUAUGACGGAUCCCCAUCAGGACGCAAGGAAUUCCUCUGCUGGAACACUCCGUACAAGGACCCUGGCGACCCUGCAUCUGGUCGAGGCAGUACAAAGUUCGAGUGUGCACGUUUAUUCUGCGCACUUAUGCUGAGAGGCGUCAGAAUUAUUGCAUUCUGUAGAGUUAGAGCUCAAUGCGAGCUGCUUGUGGCCACUAUCAGGCAGGAGCUUGAGAACCUCGGACGGCCAGAGUGCACUAACCUUGUCAUGGGAUAUCGUGGUGGCUACACAGCACAGGACCGACGCAGAAUCGAGACUGAAAUGUUUCAGGGGCGACUUCUUGGGAUUGUUGCGACGACUGCAUUGGAGCUCGGCAUUGAUAUCGGCUCGCUUGACUGUGUCAUGACCUGGGGGUUCCCUUACACGAUCGCCAACUUGCGCCAACAGAGUGGUCGCGCUGGUCGCCGCAACAAGGAUUCCCUUUCAAUACUUGUUGGUGACGGAUUUGCUACAGACCAGCAUUACAUGCAGAACCCAGACGACUUAUUCACAAAGCCAAAUUGCGAGCUGCAAGUGGACCUGGAGAACAUGCUGGUGCGCGAAGGACACAUCCAAUGCGCAGCAUAUGAAAUGCCAAUACGACCUAGGGAGGACGCAAAAUACUUUGGUAAAGACUUGCCGAAAAUCUGCGUGGAGCGUUUAAUAAGGGAUGACAUGGGGUUCUUUCACUGCCACGAUCGAUUCCGGCCUAUCCCUGCAAAGUAUGUUGCUAUCCGAGACACAGAAGAUGACCACUUUGCCAUUGUUGAUAUCACCAACGGCCGUAACAUUGUAUUGGAGGAGCUGGAGGCCUCAAGAGCAACAUUCACCCUUUACGACGGAGCCAUAUUCCUCCAUCAGGGAAAUCCAUACCUUGUACGAGAUUUUCAACCUGACAAGGGGAUGGCCAGGGUGGAAAGAGUCAAGGUGGAAUGGACGACUGUUCAGCGUGACUAUACCGACAUCGAUCCUACUGAGACAGAAGCUAUCCGCACGAUUUCCGAUUCCCGGUCGCACGCUUAUUAUGGGACAAUCAAGAUACAACAAAAUGUCUUUGGCUUUUGGAAGGUUGACAAGAAGAACAGGGUACUGGAUGCAGUGCAAGUAGACAACCCGCCCGUGAUUCGAUUCAGCAAGGGGAUGUGGCUCGAUGUGCCCAAGAAGGCAAUGUCUAUCCUUCAAGAGCGACGACUUCACAUUGCGGCCGCGAUACAUGCGGCCGAGCAUGCCAUUAUGAGCUUACUGCCAGCAUUUGUUAUUAGCAUGCCUGGUGAUGUACGGACCGAGUGUAAGACGGCAGUGAAAGAGUUUGCGAAACAAGAGUCACAACGUAAGCGUCCAGCGCGGUUGACGUUCUACGAUGCCAAAGGUGGUGCAGGCGGCUCAGGCAUCAGCACCAAAGCGUUUGACCACGUAGACCAAUUACUGAGGGAUGCUCUGAAACGAGUUGAAAACUGUCGUUGCGAGCGAGGCUGUGUGGAAUGCGUGGCAUCAGAGCAAUGCAAGCAGGCCAAUGAGGUGAUGAGCAAAGCAGGAAGCCAAGUGAUCCUCAAGACUCUAUUGAACGUCGAGGUGGACAUGGACUCACUGCCAAUGGGACCAGAAUUGAACAUCCCUAUGGGUACUGAAACAGUCGUGCUCGCGGAGCCAGUCCCUUACCGAGCCAAAGAAGCAGUCUUUGAAAACGGGAUCAACAAUAGGGCGGCUGUGUUUGAGGAAUCUAAGGAGGGCGCCAAGCCUGGGGAUUCUGGAACAACAGAUGGCGGCGGAGGAUUUGAGCAGUGGCUUGCAGAUUCGAUAUGA